AUGGCUCGUGUGCUCCUUUGCGGUGAAGUCCGCGGCCGCAUCAGCGAGUUGCACCGCCUGCUGCAACAGCUGCAGAAGAAGGGUCCUUUCGAUUUUGUGCUAUGCACAGGGUCUUUCUUUGCUACAGCGGAGGAACAGGGGCGAGCCCCUGAAACCAGCAACUCCUCCCCUCAAGAUAGCCGCUCUGAGAGGCCUCUGAAUUCAAAUGAGGCACCUCCAGGCGCCUUACGGGAGGCUGUCUGUGCUGCGCUGUUGCAACAGUUCCCCUCUGCCUUCGGCGAGCUGCAGCGCUGCUGCAGUUCUCUCCCGAUCCCUUUGUACAUCCUCGAUGAAGCUGCAAGCAGAUGCGUGCAGAAGCUGCAGAAACAAAACCGGAUAACGGCAGGAGCUCAGCCUAGCAGCAGCGCGGAAGGGCCCCACAGGGUCAAAACAGAGGAUCCACCUGCGCCUCCUGCUGCCGCUGCUAGAUCUGCUGCACCUUCUGAGAGCCCAGCUGCAGAUAUUAAAGAUAUCAAAGAAGAACCGAAUGGAGAAAAAUCGCCGAAGGAGAACGGAAGUGGCGUGGAAUCAAACAACCUGCCGCAGGCGGAUCCUGCUGUGUCAAGAGCACCCGGGUGUGCGUACACCCCACUGCGGUUGUUAGAUAAUGUUUGGCUUCUGGCGGGAGCGGGGGUAACGGAGCUGCACGGCCUCAACAUUGCCUUCUACGGAGGGCAAGGGCCACCUGAGUUGUCCGAUGCACCCAGUGAGCAACAGACACAGGAUCAGCAGGAGCAGCAGCAGCAACAGCAGCAGCAGCCUGUCUCUGACGACAGAGGUGCUGCAUUUGCCUUGAGUCUCGCGAAUGGCUGGGGCGGCUUUGAAGCUUUCAGGGGCCGCAUCGACAUCCUGCUAACCACGAGGCCUCCCUUAGGCAUAUUCGAUGGACUUCCCCCCGGUGUGGCGCCGGCCCUACUACCCCACCAGCAGAACCAACAGCAGCAGCAGCAACAACAACAAGAACAGCAGCAGCAGCAGAAUGAGAACGACCCUGCUGUUACGGACGGCAAAAAGGAAAGCCCAGCGGUUGCUGGGGCUGAGGAGUCAUCGACUAACUCCGAAGGACUCUACUGUUUUGAAGCAGGGCUGAAACAGGCUGACAUGGUUGGGUAUUCAAUGCGUUUAAUUUCCUUGGGAGUGGUGGGAGAAAAGGGCCCUCAGGUGAAAGCCUUCCAUGCACUGCAGCUGCGGCCCACAACAGAAAUGCUGGAGCAGGUGCAGCAGCAAGUACAACAGCAGCAACAACCAGGGGAGCUGAAGCAAGAGGAGCUGGAGAACGCAGCAACGGCAGCGGAUGCAGCACAGGAAGCCCGUGCUGCGCUGUAUUGUGUCCCUCUUGAGUGCAACAGCCCCAACCCAUUUGUCUGUGUCAGUAGGCAAGGACUGCUGCAGCUGCAUGCUUCUCCUGCAGCAGCAGGAGAGGGGCCAUCACUAAGCCCCACGCAGCUGUCUCCAUACCCUGGUGCCGGCGUUCAUGGACCCCAAAGGCCUUUCAAGAGGCAGCGGGAGACAGGUGUAGUGCUGGUUGAGAACCUGCCUUAUGCAGUCACAGACGAGGGGCCCUUAAAGGAUGCUAUGGAGCAAUUUGGAACAGUAAAAUUCGUCUUUAUGCCGAAGGACAAGGCAGACCCAACCAGAGGAACGGGGAAAGCGUUUGUGGUGUACGUUGACCCCAAGUGCGCCGCCAAAGCAACAGAAGCGUCAGGACAGCUGGAGGGGGGAGGCCGCCCUCUUCGGUUGCGUUUGUACUACGACAAGAUUCCCUUUGAUAGACCUGCAGGGGAGAAGCGAGUAAAGUGCAGCGAUGUGAUUGCCACAGAGCCGCAUGCAGACUGCUGGUUCUGCCUGGCGAACCCUCAGGUUGAGAAGCACAUGAUUGUGGACAUAGCGGACCGCCUGUACUCCGCAGUACCGAAAGGAGGACUCACCUCUCUUCACAUGCUGCUCAUCCCUAUUGCCCAUUUGCCUUCUCUAGCAUACGCUGACGCAGAUACGCGCAGAGAGGCAGCUGAACUCGUGGCAGCCGCACGCAAGGCCUUCCACAAACAGAGCCUGGACUUGGUUGUGUACGAGCGGUACGUUCCGAUGAAGACCACCAAGGCGAUGCACUGCCAGCUGCAGGCCAUUCCCUGCGACCGCUCUCAGGCCCUGCGAUCGGGGGAGUUGUUUGAGAAACGGGCGCGGCGGGCGGGCCUUUCGCUGCAAAAGCUUCCGAGUUCUUCGGAUAUAACUGCGCUGUCUGAGCUGGCGAAGGACCCUAACUUGGGGUAUUUCUACGUGGAGGUACCGGGCGUUUGUACAGCACGAGGUCAGACAAUUGAUCGGUACUUGCACGUACAGUCGGGGAGAGAAAACGGGAAGAUUCCGAUGAACUUUGGCAGAGAGGUCAUGGCGGAGUUGCUGGGAGAGAAGGAUAAAGUCAACUGGCAGAGUUGUCUUCUGCCCAAGGAUCAAGAGGAGAGGCUAGCCGCUGCUCUCCGGAAUAUUUUAGCUGCGGGCUAG